AUGAAAAUCAGCUUCCUUCUGUUUACAAGCCUCUUGGCAAAUACCAGAGCCUUCCAAGUGCAAGAAACCUUCCGAUCUUCUCCACGUACUUUUUCUCCCAGUCCGCUUUCUGCCUACAUUGAUAUUGGUGAAGAAGUCGAACGAGAUGUCGGUGCUAUGGACGAAUGGGCAACCAUGUGCGAAGUUCAACGAGCAGAAGGAUUCCAACUUACAACGGAAGACGGAUAUGACUACAGUGCUCUGACUACUGCGGAUAUUCCGGAAGGCAGUCCCAUUCUGUGCAUUCCCGGAAAUAUGAUCAUAUCCACUUCUUCCGUGAGAGCAGAAUUGGGAGGACAAGAAGCAGCUGUUGACUAUUUGACUCGCGUUGGAUCUGGCGACAAAAUUGGAAAGUUCUUUGUCUUUCUAAAAAUCAUGGCGGAAUACGAACAAGGUGAUCAAUCACCUUACUUCCCUUGGUUGAAUUCUCUACCCAGGUUGUUCUUCAAUGCCAUCGCCAUGACAGACUUUUGUUACGAAUGUCUUCCUCCAUUGGUAUUUCAAUUGGCUCGUCAGGAAAAAGUCAAGUUUGACAACUAUUUCGAGGCCUUGCAAAAGGCCGACUGCAUCAGCGACCAAAUGAAGGCCAACAAGGCUGUCGCUAGAUGGGCUUACAACAUUGCCACAACUCGAACCCAAGGCACGGAGGAGGAAAAGUUCUUGGCGCCAAUGGCCGAUAUGUUCAACCACGGAACUGAAACUGAAGUCGACUUUAGCUUUGACGACGACGGUAAUCUUUACGCCUAUGCUACCAAAAAUGUUCCCGCUGGAUCCCCAUUGCGAAUGUCGUAUGGGUGCCCCACCAACCCAUCACAAUUGUUUGCAAAGUACGGAUUCUUGGACGAGACGUCGCCUGCUACCUUCUGUAAAAUCAUGACGAUCACUCCCACUCAACAACUGUUGGAUAUCGGAUAUGGUUUUGAUAAAAUGUUAUUUUACAAGGAUUCUGGAGAAGUUUCAGAGGAAGUCUGGGAUGUUCUUCUUUAUCAAGCACUUGCCUCGAACCGUGAUGUUCAACAAGCCUUCUACAACGCUCACAUGCAAGGUGACGCCGCUACCAAGGCGGCUAUUCACCAACAAUAUUCUUUGGAAACGUCCACAGCGCUGAUGAAGCACGUUGACACCUUCUUGCAACAAUUGGACGAUCUUCAGGCCAAAUCUGCUGGAAAGGACUACAAUGAACACCCUCGGCUACCCCUCAUCUUGAAACACAACGAAUUCGUCAGAGAAACCUUCUUGAGGGUCAAGGCCAACCUCGACCCCAUGGUAGCCCAAGCCCAAGGCAACGUGUACGCAUAA